UUCAACAUGUCUACUGUAUGUAUACUGUUUGAAUAGUAUGUAUAUAUUAUUAUAAUAAAUUUAUGUUAAAUAUAAAUAUAAUAAAUAGUAAUAAUGGCGUUGGGAAUAUUUAGUAGUGCUUUAAAAACAAUAAAAGAUACAAAUAUAACAAUAAUUGUUACUGUAGCAAUUGCAAUUGGUGUUGUGUAUAGAUGUGUAUUGCCUUGGCUUGAUGACGAUUCUGAUGAUAAAUCCAAUGAUGAUGAUUAUAAAGAUUUUGUUAUUGAUUGUGAUAAAUUAAGUGACCUUUGUUUGGGAUCUAGUCCAUCAAUUGUAAAAAAUAAUUAUAAUAAGAAUCGAAAAAAAAUAAUUAAAUUAAUUCCUGAAUUAACGAAUCAUGGUACAUCAUCAACUCAAAUGCUUUCCUUUAAUUUUGAUUCUUCAGCUACAACAAAUACUGUUCCAAUUUUCAAAUUAAAAGAUAAAAAAGAUAAAAAAAUGAUUAACUCUGCAACUUUUAAAAAAUCAAAUUUAAAUUCAUCAUCAAUUACGAGAGAAUUAUAUACAAUAACAACAGCAACACAAACAGAUCCAAUAUUAAAUAAUUCAAUUGAUUAUAAUGAAUUAAAAAUAAAUUAUUUUUUUUCAACGAAUGAUGAAAAAGAUGACCGACCAGAAAUAAGUGUUACAACGAGAAAAAAAAUUGUUAAACCUCCCCGUGCACAUCCACCUAUUUCUCGUCCAAAUAAAUCAUUAAAUGCUAAUGAUAUUAAUAUAUCAAAAAAUAAAAUUGAAAAUUCAUUGAGUAAAAAAAACAAUUCACUUUAUCCAGAAAUUCAUGUAAUUAAUUAUAAUGAUUCAAAAUCAUCUCCAUCAUUUCCAUCUAUUUCUUCAAUUGAUGAAAAUAGUAAUUAUUACCAACAACAAUAUUUAAUCUCAUCAUCAAAAAAGAAAAUAAAUUAUUCAGAAAAAAUAUUAAAAUCAUCAAAUAAAACUUUUAAUAAAAAUUUAAUUAUUAAAAAAUCAACAACAUUAUCAAAAAGUUUUAUUAAAAAAUUUCGUCGUAUAUUAAAUUUAAAUAAUAACAAUAGUAAAAGUAAAAGUAAGAGCAGUAAGAGUAAGAGUACAGAUAUGAUAGAUACGAUAAAUACGUCGAAAUCUUCAUUCUCAAUUACAUCAGCUUUGGCAAGUCUACCGGUAGGUCACUCAACUUUUAUGGACAUAAAUAUGUCUCAAGUUUUAGCUGCUGGAGGUCAAGAUAAAGAAGAAACAAAAAACCCACAGAGAUAUAAUAUUAUUAAUAAAAAAAUUUUCAAGGUUUAUACGAAGAAUAAUCAUCACUUGAUUAAUUAUCCACAUUCUGAGCAAUCAGUUAUUGAUAAAAAAAAUGUCAUUAUUGAAAUAAACUCGCAGAAUAGUCCAGAGUGUCGAAUUAUCGAUAUCAAUAAUGAUGAUGAGAAUAUUUUAAAUUUAUCUCAAGAUGAUAAUAACAACAACAACAACAACAACGAGUCUAGUUGUAUUUCGGGAUUUACUAAAGAUUUCCAUCAGAUUUUUAAAGAUGUAAAAUCGUAUUUUAGAAUAUCAAAUAGUUAUAAUAAUUUAAAUAAAAAAAGUAAUUGGACAAUUAACAUGUCAACACUGAAAAAAAGUACGAGUUUGACAUUGCUUAAAAAAAAGUUAUACAAAUAUUAAAAAAUGUCAUAGUGUCUCUAAAAUUUAAAACAAAAAGAUAUUUUCAAAUUUAUUUAUUUAUGUUAUAAAUGUAUAAAACUGUUGUUAUAUUUAUAUUUAUAUUUAU